GUGUCCUGGAAGCAGCUGGCGUUGACAGUCAAGGCUGCACGAGAAAUAGAGCACCCGCGCCCUCGAGAAUUAGCUGGGGGAGCGGUCAGCUUCUUGGAGAUGUCGGCGGUCACGGACACGACGAAGGAUCGGUAUCGGGGACAUGCUCUGCGCUUCCUGGAGUGGCUCAGUUGGCACGAGCACGACUUCAGCACCGCCAGCCAGUUGGACGUGGUGGUGAUCAGUUUCUUGACGGACCUGGCGCUGGACGGGUUCGACUCGGCGACGGGCAGGAUGACGGUGGCGGCGCUCAGGCACUACCUGCCGCAUCUGCUGGGAGGCAAGCGUCCGCUACCUCGAGCCACUCGAGCUCUGGACGCUUGGCGCACUCUGCCGAGGGCAGCGGCCAUGGCCGUCGCGGGAUGGAUGAUCUCGAUGAACUUGCCCAGCAUGGCCGUGUACGCUGCGCUGGUCUUUCACGCGUACCUGAGGCCGUCGGAGGCCUAUCGGCUGAGCGUGGGGUCUCUGGUCCCCCCGAUCGCGGACUCGAGCUUCAACGCUUGGGGUCUCAUUGUGAGCGAUGCGAAGUCGGGGCGACCUGGCAAGACUGGAGUCACAGACGAGUCGGUACUGGUCGACGCCCCCGAGCUGUGGCCCGUGCUGCACGCGCUGACGCUUGGCGCCUCCACGGACUCGAGCCUCUGGAACUUCAGGCCUGCGGAGGUGCGCGCCAAGCUCGCGCAGGGGCUGCAGCAGCUCGGGCUGCAGAAGGAGUCCCCGUCCUUGUACACCAUCCGCCAUGGGGGGGCCUCUCACGACUUGCUCUCGGGGUCUCGAACCAUCGCGGAGGUGAAGGAGGGGAGGCGCUGGAUUUCGGAUCAGUCGUUGAGGCGGUACGGCAAGAGGACGAGGAUGCAGCAGCGCAGCGCGGAUCUGCCGCCAACCGUGGCGUACUUCGGCGAGCAGGUUUUCAGCCGACUGGCAGAACUCAUCGAGACAAGGCACGUGACAUGA